AGACUUCCAUUAUUAGUGGAGAAAUGAAAUAAGUUGGGCGGAUGAAAAAUUUGAAACAAUUUUUCGACUAAUCAACCCUUCCCUUCAUGCAACCCUUCCAAUAAAGAACUCGUAAUUUUCAUGUUCAGUCUGCUACUGACCCUUUAACCAUCACUACGUAAACCCGCAAAUUGUCUUCGUGUUCACCACACCACCAUCACAACAGGUGAAGUUAGAGCCAGAAAAUGGCCACCAUCAUGUCGCACCCACUGCAGGUUAAACAGGAAGUAGGGGAGUACACCAGACCCACAGGGUCAGCGAUCGCCUUAUUCAAGUCGGAAGUCGAAACAGACCUGCUUACAUCUUGCCAAUUUCAAGGGGCAGGAUUAACUUCGCCAGGAAUUGCUGACCCAAGUGGUCAACCGCUUACAGCGUCAGAAGAUAUUUGCAUUCAAUGCGUCAUUGUGACACGUUCCGACGGAACUUCCAGAUUCAUUAAACCAGGCGGUGGUCGAAUAAUCCUUCGAGUACAGUGUGAACCGCAUGGGAAAGUUUCGUUUAAACAUACGAGGGGGGAUCGCACAAUAAAUUAUGAAAUCUAUGAUGUUGAAAAUAUGAUCAUUCAUCAUCUAAAUAUGGACGUUACUGAAGCCCCCUUCGCCUUGAUUCUGAACGUGGGAAGAAACUCGCGGGACAAAAGGCACUACAUUGUGCAUUUCCGAACCCAACAUGAAACCUUGAGAGCGUAUCAACUGAUAUCUCCCCUUGUGAACGAGGGACAGUUUUAGCCAAAACUUGAGGGUGCUUUAGGUAUAUACACGUGUAAAACUCGGAUUUCGAUAAGUGUAAUAAAGCCUAGCAAAAAGUUAAAUGAAUCUGUUUUAACACUUUUCAGAU